GUCCUGCUCAGCACGCCGGCGGCAGCCACACCAUGGCGGCUCAGCGGCGCGCCCUCGCGCUCUUGGCCGUGCUCGCGCUGUUCGCGGCCACCUGCGAGGCCCGCGGCUUCAUCGGUUGCAUGUUCAGCCCCGGGGUGUGUGAUGAUCCAUCUGAAUGGUGUUUUGAUGAUUACGCCUUCGGGAGAUGUGUACCCAGUGAAACAACAGAUCGUGAUGUUUACACCUACAGACAUCCUUUGGGGCACCAGGCUCUACGGGCACUACACCGCGAGAUGUCAAGACUCUUCUCGCUCGGUUACCGUUGGAGCCAUAUCUACACACAAUGCGUCCUCCAGCAGCUGCUAGACUCAUUCAGACUUAAUGUGGCAUGGGACAAUGCAAAAUGUGACCCACUCUCUGAUCAAGACUUAGAAUCUGCACUUGGAGCUAUAGAAGGAGAUGAAAUGCCAGCUCCACAAAGCUUGGCAGUGGUGAAAUUUACUCCAAGUGCUGCCAAUCCACAUCCCCAAUUUGCUGACGAAGUAUAUUAUCCACCAAUCACCGCACCAGAACCAAUCAAUGUUCUAGAUGAAGAUGGCAAUUAUCGUACAAUAGUUGCAAAGAAAGCAGAAAGAAUUCCUGGAAUUUUUGAGGCCAACCCAGAUGUGGCAUCUUGGCGCAACAUCUUGGGUGUGGACUUACCGACAGUGGAGGAGAGAGCUGCUCCCAGCAGCUUCUCUCGUGAAUAUAACACUCCUGAACAAUUCCGCCAGGGCUACGAGACCCGCGACCGUGCAGGGUACACAGAAGGUGGACCUGUACUCCAAGGAGAAGCUGUAGAUGUCGAUCAACAACUCGAUGAUCUUCUGGAUGAAUUAGAUGCUGGCUUCAAACGCCGUGAACGACUUGAUGUUAAGAAACCUGGACCUGCUUUUACUGUUCACAGACAGGAGGAGCAGCCCAAAUUCAACCAACAAGAUGGAGAUUCUUUCGACACUGGUGGGCCCAAACCAGAAGAAGAGGCGCCCUCUGAGCAACCUGAGGUGGAGGAACGCCCGAAGAAGAAGGAGGUGCUGCCUGACAAGCCCCCUUCUGACCAAUAUGACACAGUCGAUACCAGAUACGCGUACAUUGGAUUCAAAAACAGCGUGCACACCUGGGACGAGGGCCGGCGCGUCGUGGCUGCCGUGGCGCGCCUGCUGGGACUGCGCCCCGAGGCCUUCUCGCACGUCAGAGUGGAUCUGAAUGAAGUGACAUUCAAAGUGGAGCCCAAUAAGCUCGGGCUCAACGCUUCGGAAGUGGCCAAGCGGAUUGAUAACAUCAAGGGAAGACUCAAGGAUGAAACAGCAGUGGAAGUAACAUCUGCUGGCAUCGGUGAUAAGGCGAAGCUGCCAUCGGUGAUCCAGACAAGCCUGGCACGCAACGACCACGAGCUGUUGGUUGCAACACUGCUAGUCUGUGGCAUGCUGGGAGCUGUGCUGGCUGCUGCUGCAGCCCUCUUUGUCAUCCGCCGGCAUGCCCGCUCCAGGGACAAGAUCAACGCACUCUCCAGACCUGAGUCUGAGCCCAGCAAGGACUACCAGGACCUGUGCCGUGUACGAAUGGCUGCGAAGACACCACAGCAGCCAGGAGUGGGUACUGCAGAAGGCAGCCGCCCUGAACCUCAGCGUGUUGCGUCACUGUCCCGAGACUCUGAGAACAGCAACCAGAGCCCUUCCUCACGCUCCAGUACCUCUUCCUGGAGUGAAGAACCUGCACUAACUAAUAUGGACAUAUCAACAGGACACAUGGUAUUGGCAUACAUGGAGGACCAUCUUCGUAAUGCUGAUCGCCUACAGCGAGAAUGGAUUGCUCUGUGUGCAUAUGAAGCUGAGCCUUGUGCCACCACCAUAGCGCAAAAGCCUGAAAAUAUUGGAAAGAAUCGCUAUCCUGAAUUUCUGCCAUACGACCAUUCAAGAGUGGUCCUGAAUGAACUUGCUAACAUUUCUGGCUCAGACUACAUAAAUGCUUCUACAAUUACCGAUCAUGAUCCUCGAAACCCGGCCUACAUCGCAGCACAAGGGCCUCUUCCCCACACGGCUCCAGACUUCUGGCAGCUUGUAUGGGAGCAAGGAGCUGUUGUGCUUGUUAUGCUCACCCGACUCACUGAAGGUGGCACUGCUAUGUGCCAUCGAUACUGGCCUGAGGAAGGCUCUGAGCUGUAUCACAUUUAUGAGGUUCAUCUGGUUAGUGAACAUAUUUGGUGUGACGAUUACCUGGUCCGCAGUUUCUAUCUGAAAAACCUGAAGACUGGGGAGACACGCACAGUCACCCAGUUCCAUUUCCUCUCUUGGCCAGAGUCUGGUGUACCUGCGGCACGGCCUCUUUUGGAAUUCCGCAGGAAAGUUAAUAAAUCAUACCGUGGACGCUCAUGCCCCAUCGUUGUCCACUGCAGUGAUGGAGUAGGCCGCACUGGUACAUACUGCCUCAUUGAUAUGGUGCUGAAUCGCAUGGCUAAGGGAGCCAAAGAGAUUGACAUAGCAGCCACUCUGGAGCAUAUCCGAGACCAGAGACCUGGCAUGGUGAGGACACGGCAGCAGUUUGAAUUUGUUCUGACAGCCGUUGCAGAAGAGGUCCAUGCAAUCCUCAAGGCUCUGCCCCAGCAGCAGCAACAACAGCAGCAGCAGCAACAGCAGCAGCAACAACAACAGCAGCAACAACAGCAGCAGUAAAAAUUAUAAAUAAUUACAGGAAGCCACUAAUAGCGCUGUGCACACACUGACAGAAAUAACAUCACAUUAAAAAUAUUAUUUGUUGGUGAGAGAAAUGUCAGGCACAUUGGACCAUGAUAAAUAUUCAAAUUAUUGUAAUAAGAAAUUGCUUUAGAGAGUGAAAUAGAAAACUGAUAUAAUCAAUUGAUAUUUUUACAAACGUUAUUUAAUGUGAUUAUUGUAUAAGAUGGAGAGCAUGUAGAGAAAACUGUAUCAUAAUAAAGAACACACAGUCCUGUUUGUGGCUUCCUGCAUGGCACGUAGCUGCAUGAUAAUAGUAUAACAACAUUUUUAUCCCUAUGGCUUCUGGAGAAACAUACAUUUUGUAGAUAAUCUCAUGCCAUUUUUAAUUAAAGUCUAAAUUAUAAAUAGAAAUGAAAUAUGAGAAAAAGAUUUUAACGUUAAUACUGGUAGCUAUGUAGUAUAUAACAUUAUUUUAUGUUUAUUGUUUAUACCUGAGCUGACCUUCUAGUUCAGGCAUCAAUAAUUUCUAGAUGAACAAACACCAGGUAUCAUUUCGCAUCACAGAGGAAUUUAAAUGCCACUUUGUUAACUUAAUAUGACUUGAAGAGUAAACUGUUGGCGAAUGUUUAGUUCUUCAGGAGUGAACUAGGAGAUUAACAAAUGUAGCACAGAAUGCUGCUGUAUGUAGGAUGGUCUUCUGCAUGCAUGGUAGGCCUAUUUUUUCAGCAACAAAACUUUUGUUUGUAAUUUAAAAUAGGACUAAUUUGACAAAUUAGUUAUAGUAAGACUGUGUUUACUCAUAAGUAGAUAUCUAUAGAAAAAAAAGCUACUGUUGGUACCUUGUAGAACUUCAUUGACAUCUUGAGACUCAUUGCUAAGGAUACUAUUAAACAAUGCAUCAAUGUUUACGGCAAUGCCAGAACAGAAACUUUACAGUGUUUGCCUUUAUUAUUACUAAUGUUACCUCAAGAGAAGUAUAAUAACAGUGCUUAUGUCAUUCUGUAGAAAAAAGCGGUUUUCUUAUUGUAUUUAUAUAUGCACUGUUGGGUGUAUGCUGCUUAUCUAUGCAUGCAGGAGCUAUCUUAUAGUGAUAUGCAUUUUGACCAUUAAUGUUUUCCUUACUGUUAUGAUUUUGACAUUCUGGACAUCUCUGUUAAACUAAAUCCCUUAGUUGAAAAUACAUUUCUUAUUUUGGAUUCUUCUAAAUUGCACACAUCAGUUCUAAAGUUAGUGUUUUCAUGACCACAUAUAAAAACGAGAUUCCUUUCCUUCAGCAAAAGCAGCUUUAAUUUUUUUAAAGUACUUUUCUACAAGGGAAAAUAUGUGAUGAAGAAACACUUAAACUUCCUAUUUAUUUUAGUUCCUCGUUAAAUGUAAAUGUGCAAUACAUGUAAGAUGACUAACACAAUGGCAUACAAAAAGCAGGAAAACAACCACAAAGCAAUGAUUAAUCAGUUAUAUGCCACCAUUACCUGUGCUUAAAUGCAUUUUUAAAGUACUGCUACAAUUAGUUUGCUACCAGAUGCGAUAAACUUACGUUUAUUUGGCAGCGUCAAGAAAAUUAAGGAAACAGAAAAUUAAACUACAUGAUAUAUACAAGACUUGUGUGUUGAUAGCAGAUAUGCUCAACAUAAGAAACAAUCCGGAAAUUAAUCUACCAAAGAUAAUUGUGUUGCAGCCUAAAAUGCUGGAGGACUUCUCUGCCCACUUUUGGCAAUGUGGACAAAAUCAAAGCAGAGAAUUACUUGAAAAAGUAUUAAUUUUUUAAAGUUUCUCCUCAAGAAUGCCACAAAGAAAGGGCACACUCUGCUCUAGUGUGUCCCAUAUGUUAUAGGAGAAACUGAAAAAUUAUAAAACAUUAGCUUGUAAGCUAAACUUAAGGAAUUUUUAAUGGCCUAGCACUUAAUUGAUGUUGCACGUCACAAAGUUCCACAGGAUCAAUCUCGGCAUACAAUUUUAAAUAUACUAUAUACACUGCUGUUAAAAGAUUCCUAAAGCACUUUAUUUUAUUCAACCUUGCACAAAACUCUUUAGCAGUACAAAUAUAUGUAGAUAUAAUGAAGAAGUAUAAAACCAAAGCACAAAAUGCACAAAACAUGGCUCAACACUUUGCUAUUCAAAAGAUAUUUUUGUGUCUGUUGUGUAAUUCAUUCAUCAAAUGUGAAUUACAGAAUAUGUUAACCUCCUCCUUUUCUAUAACAGUUACUCUACAGAAUAUACAUGGUAGCAUAAUAAUUAGCACUGCACAAAAACUGAAAAAUGCAGAACCACAAAUAUAAAUGCUUGCACUUUGUUGAAUGUUUAUGAUAGCUGAUUGUUUAAUAUAUGCUUUAAGUGUGAUACUGUGUAAAAAAAAGUAUUAUUGGCAGUACUUUCAGUGAGUAUGUGAUGGAUAAUUUACAUGGGAGUACAUAAAUUCUAUAUAUACACAUAUAUACAUAUAUUUAAAUAAAUAUAUAUUUAAAUGUGCAAUGAUGAAUCAUAUAGUAUAUGUUUAUGAUACUAGAUUAUUUAAAAUGUUAUUUAUUCCAAAAUAAUAAUAUAUUUAUUGUUGCCUGCUAUUUAAAAUAACAGCAAAGAACUGUUGAGCUUUGUGGUAUACUGGUCUUUAUUUAUUUUGUCAGUGGCAAUAUACAUUCAGUGCGAAAUGUGGGGGGGUUGGGGUGAUAGGAAAAGUAUCAUAUAUGAGGGGGGAGAGGCUGAAUGUUGCCAAAUAAAAUGUGUUGUGGAAGGACCCUUAUGGUACCAGCCUCCCAUAGGCUUCUUGCACAGCACAACCAGGCACAUCCCCCCUUCAUACAUAUAUAAUAUAUAUCUCUAUGGCACAGUGCAAUGCGUUCCCUAAUAAUAAGAUACAACUGCCUACUGUAAUUCUGAAGUACCGGGGAAAAGUACCUGUAGUAACUUCCCUCGCUCUUGCCUACUACAGGUAUAACAUCUGUGUUGGACUGCGCCCAAAACAACACACAUGCUCCAGUACUUUUAGAAAAAAACAGAAGGCAAGUGUGUCAUAAAAUAAUUGCUGCCAUCAUGCCUUUGUCUGCUUAUCAAUGUCAUUUAGUAAUUAAAUAAGAAGAACCUUCUCUCCAUCUAUUUGGUACAUUCACACAAUUUUCCUCUUCUGUAAGAAACAUAUGUCAAGUGAUUAUUUAUGUAACCAUUUGCUGUAUAAUCCUAUUACAGGGUAAUCAUACCUAUAAAUAUGUGUAUGAGAGAAAUCUCAGGAGUGACAAGCAAUUUGUUUAGUGGUUGUUUUCUUUCUGUACAGCAGCUAUGUGUGUCCUAUAAGGCAAAGUACCUGUCUGUCAGAUUUAAUAAAUGUAUCCCAAGACUGUAA